CAACCAUGCAGUUCACCACUAUCCUGACUAUCGCCGCUCUUGCUCUCACCGAGCAUGCCAUGGCCACCAUCUGCACAGGCACAUCCACCUUCACCUCUGGCAACCUCAAAGGCACCUCCUACGACGUGGCUUGGAUCUAUGGCGAAGACGCCUGCCAAUGGACUUUCGUCGCCAACGCCAAUGAUAAUCCAUGUGGCAGAAAGUUUACUCUGUCCAAUGGCUACACUUACUAUNUGNGAAACUGUGGUGAUGCAUCUUUUGCACUGUACAAUGGAGACGGCAGUUACAACCAUAUUGCUGUGUACAAUCCUGAUUAUGAGGAUGAUUGUAUCAACAACAAUGGCCAGUACAAGGUUGUCAAGACCUGGCAGUUU